GCGGGUGGGGGCGAGGUGGCUCGAGACUCGCUUGCGCGCGGCGGCGGUCGCCGGGAGGGUGGGGGCUGAGAGGGGUGUGUCCGCGCGCGCUGUCAGCCGUCGCCUUGACCGUUAUUCGCUCCCCCCCCCGCUCCUCCCCUUCCCUCAGCGGUGCUUCUUCAGGGGGGUUUCCGAGGGGCGCUGCCCUUGAUCUUGGGAAAGGGGUUGAAGGGGGGGAAACUAAGGCCAGAUUAUAAUUUCAGAUAUUACUGAAGCAACGAUCUGUUUGAGAGACUUUGGGUUACAUAUGAAGUUCCUGAUUUUAAAGUGGCACAACUGCAAUGAAGAAAAGGAGAAAGCUCACUGCAAAUUUAGAUGACAAAAAACAUCUUGAUCAUCGGAGGGAAUCUUCAGAUAAGAUUCCUGUUGCAGAUUCUGUGCAGAAAGUUACUGCUGGUUCUGCAGGAGUAGCUGCUGCAGACCAGCUUGAGUAUCCUAAAGAACUCCCGCCAUCAACAGCUCAAAGAAAGCUUUUGAGCUCCCUGCAGUACAACAAAAAUCUACUCAAAUAUUUAAAUGAUGAUCGACAGAAACAACCAUCUUUUUGUGAUCUGCUCAUAAUUGUUGAGGGAAAAGAAUUUAGUGCCCACAAGGUAGUAGUUGCUGUUGGGAGUAGUUACUUUCAUGCCUACUUGAGCAAAAAUCCAAGUACAAAUGUCGUUCACUUGGAUCACGUAACUCAUUCAGUUUUCCGCCAUCUACUUGAAUUUCUCUAUACGUCAGAGUUUUUUGUGUAUAAGAAUGAAAUCCCCUUAGUUUUAGAGGCAGCUAAGUUUUUAGAUAUUAUCGAUGCAGUCAAACUGCUGAACGCUGAAAAUGUUUCCAGUUUGCAAUUUGAAGAGGCGUCGGAGAAUGCGUCCCAGGUAGAAACAUCCAGUGAUCAAACUCCCCAAGCAGCAAGCAAUCACCAAUGCACUCUGUGCAAUCGCAACUUUUGUUACAAGAAAUCCUUAGAAAAUCACUUGUCCAGAGCACACAAAGCUUCUGCCCGGGAAAAAGAACAUGGGCUAAAAAUGGUCGAGAGCUCAGAUACUUCUACCAGAAGAUCACUGCGAAAUCGCAAAUGUCCGGCUAAGUUUGAUCAAAAUGAGAAUGAAAGUGAAGAUGCAUCCGAUGGCAAUUUAAAUCAAGCGAGUCCUGGCAAGAGGAAUGAUGAGUCUAAUGACGAGUCUAACAAUGAAUCUGAAGAUAGUGGAAGUGAAUAUCACACUGAUGAAGACAGGCAAGAGGAGGACACUACUGACACUGAGUCUGAAGAGCAAAGUGAAAAAGAACGUGAUGAAGAAAGACAUGAGACAGGUGAUCCAGCAGGAAAUAUUUCUGGAGGCAGUCUUUCCACAUAUAUUCCAGUCAUUUUUCAGAACGGUAGCAAAAAAUACUUGCAGUGUCCUAAGUGUAAUAAAAUAUUUGAUCGAGCAGGGAAAUUUGAGAUCCAUUCUCGUGUGCACACUGGCGAGAAGCCGUUUCAGUGCGAUAUCUGUCAUCAGCGCUAUUCAACCAAAUCCAACUUAACUGUACACAGAAAGAAGCACAAUGAUGAAAUUGUAUGUCAUAAAAAGGAACACAAAUGUCCAUACUGUAACAAACUGCACGCUACAAAAAAGACUCUAGUAAAGCACUUGAAGAGAUUCCAUCCUGAAAAAGUACAGGAAUUUCUCUCCAAAAAGAAAAAGAGUGAAGGCUGGAAAUGUGAUAUUUGCAAUAAAUCUUUCACUCGAAGGCCUCAUCUGGAAGAACACAUGAUUCUACACACACAGGACAAGCCCUUUAAGUGUACAUAUUGCGAAGAGCACUUUAAAUCCCGCUUUGCAAGACUGAAGCAUCAAGAAAAGUUCCAUCUCGGACCUUUUCCAUGUGAUAUUUGUGGUCGUCAGUUUAAUGAUACUGGCAAUCUGAAGCGCCAUAUUGAAUGUACUCAUGGAGGAAAGAGAAAAUGGACGUGCUUUAUUUGUGGGAAAUCAGUCAGAGAAAGAACAACUUUGAAAGAGCACUUGAGAAUCCACAGCGGAGAAAAGCCUCACUUGUGUAGUAUUUGUGGGCAGAGUUUUCGUCAUGGAAGUUCAUACAGACUUCAUCUGCGGGUCCACCAUGACGACAAGCGGUAUGAAUGUGAAGAAUGUGGAAAGACUUUCAUUCGUCACGACCAUCUGACAAAACACAAAAGGAUACACUCAGGUGAAAAGGCCCAUCAGUGCGAAGAAUGUGGAAAAUGUUUUGGCCGAAGGGACCACCUCAGUGUUCAUUAUAAAAGCGUUCAUCUUGGAGAAAAGGUGUGGCAAAAGUACAAGGCAACAUUUCAUCAGUGUGAAGUCUGUAAGAAAGUGUUCAAGGGGAAAUCAAGUUUGGAAAUGCAUUUUAGGACACAUUCAGGUGAAAAACCGUACAAAUGUCAAAUUUGCAACCAGUCUUUCAGGAUUAAGAAGACGUUAACGAAACAUAUGGUUAUUCAUUCGGAUGCCCGGCCCUUCAACUGUCAGUAUUGCAAUGCGACAUUUAAACGGAAGGACAAGCUGAAAUAUCAUACCGACCACGUGCAUGGAGGAAAGUCUGCUGAAGAAUCACUAAGCCCAGUGCCAGAGGAGAAAGUAGUUUCUUUGCCAACCCAGUUUGUACCUGAUGACAAGGCUUUCCAAAAUGAGUCUAAACCGUUUGUGGAACCAGCCAAGGUUUAUCAAGCAGAAACCAAAACAAUGCUACAGAAUGUAUCGCCAGACGUGUGUGUACCACUAACACUGAUACCCGUGCAGAUACGCGAAACUCAGUCCGAUCUUGUAGAACAUACCACCCCUGUUUCAUCCUCGCCUCACAACCUUCUUUCUUCACAACCUCCUCCAACGGACUACCAGCAAGCGACAGAUUUGGCGUUUCUAGAAAAAUACACACUCACUCCACAGCCUGCAAACAUCGUUCAUCCAGUCAGACCUGAGCAAAUAUUGGAUCCUAGAGAACAGUCUUAUCUUGGAACAUUGCUGGGUCUUGAUACAGCUCCCUCAGUGCAGAAUAUUUCAACUAAUGAGCAUUCGUGAUUAUGUAUGACAGGCUAUUACGACAAUAGUCAACCAAGUAAUUCACUAGUGCCAGGAUUUCUGCUUGCGCAAUUGAACUUCUUCUUCUCCCCAAACCUGCUAUGGGGGGUUGAGGGAACCCCCAGAUUUAGGAGACACAUGGGAAGGGGAGAGGGAGUGGCGUUGCAUAGCCCAAAAUCCUUGUGCUAGUGGAACAACUUUGUUGGAAAUAGCCCUUAUAUUUCCCUAGUCUUGCUUCCAUGUUUAGCAACCAGAAAGCUCUCAAAGCAGAAAGUUGCCAAGUACAAAGGAAAAGUGUCUUUUUAAAUGCAGUGGUUCAACAUUCAAAAUAUAAUCGUGUGGUUUUUAAAUAUUGUACAGCUAUUUUUAAAACAACUUUCAUCAGGUAAUCUUAUUCAUCAAGAAACCUUAAAUGAAAUAAUUGGGUCAUUUAUGAAUCGCUCUUCACCUUUGCAUUAUUAAUAUGCACCUCUCAUAUAUGAAAAAGGUUUUGGGACGUUCAAAGGUACAAAUAACACAAGUUCCUCUUUAUAUUACAGAUCAUAAAAUUAUUUUAACUGUUAAAGUUCUGAUCUCCCCAGCUUUGCUCUUCCUGCACGGGGAAAACAACACAUUUCCAGGUUUAGCAUUGGAUCCAGGGAUUGUGACUUGCUAGCAAUUUGUCAUAAUGGAAAUAUAAUUCAAAUCUGCAUGCACACACAGAAGAUAUAAUCGUUCUAAGACACAUAGGGCUUUAAAGAUCAAACAUGGCACUUUUAGUUGGGCAGGGAGAGAAUUGGCAGUCAUUGCUGUUGCUUUAAGAAUUGGUGAAAUAAAAGACAGCUGACCCAUGCUUUUCAAGGGAAUAAUUUGAAUAAAUAUCUGUAUAGAAAAGUAUGCUUCUAGAUACUGGUUGUUGAGAAUUGCAGGCAGAGGGAGAUAGAGCAGUUGUCCUCUGCUCCAGCUUCCUAAGAGCAUCUGAUUGGCCACUGUGAGAAUAGGAUACUGGGAUGAAAUGGACUUCCAUCGUGAUCCAGUAGGCUGCUCUUAAGUCCGUCCUUCCUUCUUCCUUCCUGGUUUAACUUGAGGCAGUCCUAAGUAAACUUAAUUGGAAGUAAUGGUCUGUUAAUCCAUGUGACUUAAUUAGAGUAAAUAUCGGAUUAGUCAGACGGUGGCCAGCGUUUUUAGCGUCCAAUAACACUAAAAAAAACGCUGAUAAAUCAGUUUCCACUUCUAGUGCUUUUGAGAACUGUUGCGAGACCUAUUCUGAGAUAGUUGUGGAAAAGACCCAAAAUGUAUAUGAGCGUUGAAUAUAGAGGUCCUGUGAUCCUCCUACAAAUCUAGUACUUGUUACCUCAUUACAGUAUUUUCCUUUAUAAAUGAAUGUUCUUACAUUUAAACAAUCGUGGAACCAUAGGCUACUUGGGUGCCGGGUAGUUUGUGUUCUUGCCCAUGUUUCAGCACUUAAAACAGAUGGUUGCUACAAGCUUCUUUAUGAUUAGGAAAACUAAGAAGCUUGCUUUGCGAGUUUUUCUAUCUUAAUUGUUGUCUUCAGAGUACACCAAAUGUGCGUGUUAGCUGUUGAAUAGUGCUAGAAAUAUGUAGAGUUGAAGAUUUGAACGUUUGGUCCAAAGAGGUACAAGAAACUCCUGGUUUUAUGGCUUUUGCCACAUUUGCACAUAUCCUAAAGAAAGGUGGGUAUGUGUAGCAAGAUUAGGAGCAAAUACUCAGAGGUACUGCUGUCAUGUAAGUAUGUUGGAUAAGUGAAUUAGGUUUGGAGUACAUAUAAUGCUAAUUUUUAGGAAUGGGGCAAAUCAUGUAAUCUUCUUAUGUAUUUUGGCAUCAUUUUGAUACUCUAGAACAGGGAUGGUCCUCGAGAUAUUGCUAGACUACAACUCCCAUCCUUGUCCAUUGAUCAUGCCGGCUAGAGCUUAUUGCAGUUAACAUUUGUGGGGGCCAAAGGUUACCCAUCUAUGAUCAAAAAAAAAGGAAGCUAUACAGCCCUGUGUUUACUAACUGCAUUAACUAGAGAGUCUCAUGAGCUGGAAGUUGCUUGUUUUUAAUUGCUUGUUGUUAUUCAUUUUUGUUGUGUUUUAACCGACAUUUUUGAUGCUAAAUUACAACUAAUUGGACUUGCAUUUGCUCUGUAGCAUAUUAAUUCAGGAACGGUUUCAAAUGUGAAGAACACGAGGUGGCCCUUAAAAAUCUGUUUAUACAUAUGCUGAUGCUGUGAAAUUAAAAAUGAUCAUUUUGACUUUGAA